AUGUCUAUCCAUAUCCGAACCCUGUUCAAAUCCGAGUCUGUCCGCAGGCCUCUUGUUCGACUGCCGUCGUCCGAUAUCCAUUCCCGGGCCUGUUACCAGCGCCCAUCGUCCCCUCGCCCCCACACGACAUCAAGCCCCGACAUGUUCAGAAGAAAGAACGCAGACUCAGUGGUCGCGAAUCACCAAGCCCGGCCCUCCCCUCCUGGCAUGCAGAACCUAACGUGGCGUCCAUCGUCUCCCCGUUCCCGACACUCCGUCGAGCCCCGACACGUUCGAAAGAAAGAACGCAGACUCGAUGGUCGCGAAGCACCAAGCCCGGCCCUUCCCUCCUACCAUGCAGACCACAACGAGGCGCCCAUCGUCCCCUCGUCUCCGACACGAUGUCGAGCCCCGACAUGUUCGAAAGAGACAACGCAAGCUUGGUGGUCGCGAAUCACCAAGCCCGGCCCUCCCCUCCUAGCAUACAGAACCCAACGCAGCGCCUACUCUAUGCCUGCGCAUCACCUGCCCUCGCGCGACCACCUGCCCACGCCCAUCCCCCAUGAUACUGCCGACCACCCGCCCCGACUCCCGACUAUGUCUCCCUCGACGCUCCCCCAAGUCAUCUGCGACCAGCGCAAAUACCCUCCGACCGCCGCCCACGCCCGCUGCAGAAUAGAAACCGAACCAAAAAGCUAA